AUGUCUUCCUAUCGUACUCCCAUACGAUCAAGGAAGCGUGGUAGAGAGGAAUCUGACACUGGGUUUCGCCCUAAUAGGGCAAAUCCUCAAGAACUUCUUGGUUAUCGCAUAAAAAAGGAUAUUACAUUUCUAGCAGAUCCUCGUGUUAAUCCUGUCGUUACAGAAGACAUUAAUUAUGUCGCUAUGUCUGUGAGUCGUGAGUCUCAUGAAGAAGAGAGUGUGUCUGCCAUUCUGAAUUGUAUUCUUGAAACAGCUCUUUCUAUUCCUAUUAAAGUAGCGCAUUUGGCAACACUGAUGAUGCGGGCUGCAUUAAAAGCACCUCUUUUGGCUGAACGUGGUGUGGAGAUUUUGCAAUCCAAAUUGGUGUUUUCUUUAGAACAAUACGACUAUUAUCAGGCUAAAAUUGUUUUCCGUUUGCUUAUAUGCCUUAGUCGCAUCUAUGAAUCGGAGGGUGUAGAACCCAUCUUCACCAAAUUUUUAGACAGGCUAGGCGAGCAAACGGCGCCUUCCACUUUUGGAGAUCAACUAUUGAAAAUAGUUUUGAUUGAUAUUCCAUAUUACUGCGUCGCAUCUAAGCAUCCUGAAAAAGUAGCUUUAGUUGAAGAUUGGAUUCAACGAUGUGCAUCUUACGUUGAAUUAAGAAAGCCAUUGUUACAUCAAGUAAGAAACCCGUUUUCUAAUUCCGAAGAAUAUACUGAGGAAGAAUUGGAUCUUUUAUAUCGCCAACUCGUUCUCGAGAAGGACAACGGGCUUCAAUUUUCUUAUUUACCUCGUCCUUGGGAAGCAUUUGAGUCAGACUUAGCCAAAGUUUCACCUGUGAUCUCAAAAUCAUUUGAAUGGUCUACUUCCGUAUCAGAAGAGCAGUUGAAAUCGCCGAGUUUCCGCCCCUUUGUAGAAAUAUUCCAUACUUCUGAAAUUCGCACUACACCAGAAACCCUUAACAUUGCUUCCAGUGUUUUUCGAGACGUUACUGUUGAUAUAAUAAAUCAUCUUGAAUACAACCGUAUGGAAGCGGCUCAAAUUUUGACGGAUCUUGAUGUGUACUUUACCUACAAGACGUUUGCUUUACGUGGUACUCCGAUUGGCGAGCUUCCCAAGCUGGAUGCAGAGGAGUCUCGUUGGAAAGUAGAAGAUAUUAUAACAGAAGCAAUUUUUUCGGAACUACUGACAAGCAAGUCUGCUUUCAAGCCCGUCUAUUACCACUCGUUACUUACAGAGUGUUGCCGGGUUGCUCCCAAAAUUUUAGCGCCAACAUUCGGAAGGAUUAUUCGUUUUGUGUUUAAUAUUAGUGAAAACCUCCCAAUGGGAACUUUUGAGAAAUUCAUCAACUGGUUUUCUCACCACCUAAGUAACUUUAACUUUUUCUGGAAGUGGCAGGAAUGGGUAAGUAACAUAGAGUUAGAAGAUUUUCACCCAAAAAAGGUGUUCAUGAGAGAAACGAUUUCCAAGGAACUAGAGUUGAGCUAUUGGUCACGCAUCCGUGAUUCUCUACCGGAACCGUUGCAUCAAUUAAUGGCACCUGAAGCACCAAAGCCUGAAAUCCCUUAUGAAGAUGAAUCACAUCCACUGCACGCAAACUUUAAAGAGGUAACCAACCAUUUAAGGAUACACAAACCUAUCGAAGUGAUAUCUUCGGCUCUCAAGUCUGUUGAGGAAAACCCAACUUCUGAGAUUUCCGGAGUGAGGUUCUUAAUGGCAUGUGCUUAUAGUCUUGGUUCGAAAUCCCUUUCCCACGCUUCGAAUACAUUUGAAAAACAUUUGGAUGUUAUCAAGCAUUUUUCUAGAGAAUCAUUAUUAACCGAAAUGGAAACAAUCGACGUAUUGUUUUCAUGCUGGAGAUUACAACCAAGUACUGCAGUCAUUUGGUUGAGCAAAAUGCUCAACUACUCAAUUGUGAGUAUCACGUCUGUUUUUCGAUGGCUACUAGAUCAGAAGGAUUCAUCUAUUUGGGCCAAGAGUUGGACAUGGUUUUUAAUGCACAUGUCCUUAGAGAAGAUGGAUGCUCGACUAGAAACUGUAAAUAGUGAUAAUGAAAACUUAAAAGAACUCAUCAGGGAAUCCAAGGAAGAAAAAGAUACAGUUUUAAAUCUUUUAUUUACGGAGUUGCCCAAGCGGAAAUCCGAAUACGAAAGUGUUCCUUGGAUACCUCACUGGAUUCAACUAAUCCAGAACAAUUUGGAAUCUGUUUAUGGUCAAAUUAGUGAAUAG